AUGGACGGAGGCGCUGCACUGCAGCCCUCGCUCCGAGAGCAGUUGGAGGCACCAGUCCCGGUAGGAGCUAUCCGAGGGACGAGCCAGACAGGGACCUUCAGGUCUAAGAGUUUACCCAUUCUGCACAGCACCUCCUGCCGGCAGAACCUCAGUCCUGCGAGUGCAGACGGACAGAAGGCCUUGGGCUGCACUGAAGCGUUGGGUCAUCAGGAGUUGCGGCCAGGCCGGAACCCAGUGGUACCUAGCCAGUCUGCCCCAUCCACUUCGGCAGGGAUGACCGCAGGACUCGUGGACUGUAACCACAGGAUGGACCCCAGCAAAACUGUGUCCGUGUCCUCCACUCUGGCCACGCUCCAGAAGAGAAGGUGCCUCUACAUGGUCCUUACCGAUUCCCGCUGCUUCCUGGUUUGCAUGUGUUUUCUGACCUUCAUCCAGGCAUUAAUGGUCUCUGGGUACCUAAGCAGUGUCAUCACCACCAUUGAAAGGCGCUACAGCCUGAAGAGUUCUGAGUCAGGGCUGCUGGUCAGCUGCUUCGACAUCGGGAACCUGGUGGUAGUGGUGUUUGUCAGCUACUUUGGUGGCCGAGGGCGAAGACCCCUGUGGCUGGCGGUGGGUGGACUCCUCAUCGCUAUAGGAGCUGCAGUCUUCGCCCUACCUCACUUCAUCUCCCCUCCCUACCAGAUCCAAGAGCUGAACGCUUCAGCCUCCAACGAUGGCCUGUGUCAGAAUGGCAACUCCACCGCCACCUUGGAGCCUCCCCCGUGUCCCAAGGACUCGGGAGGAAAUAAUCACUGGGUGUAUGUGGCUUUAUUCGUUUGUGCGCAGGUUCUCAUUGGAAUGGGCUCCACACCUAUUUACACCUUGGGACCAACUUACUUGGAUGAUAACGUCAAGAAAGACAAUGCAUCCUUGUACCUAGCCAUCAUGUAUGUCAUGGGAGCGCUCGGCCCUGCAGCAGGAUAUUUACUAGGUGGACUUCUUAUCGGCUUUUAUGUUGAUCCCAGAAAUCCUGUUCACCUUGACCAGAAUGACCCUCGUUUCAUUGGAAACUGGUGGAGUGGAUUCCUGCUUUGUGCCAUUGCAAUGUUUCUUGUGAUAUUCCCAAUGUUUACUUUUCCAAAAAAGCUUCCACCUCGACACAAGAAAAAGAAAAAGAAAAAAUUUGCUGCUGAUGUCAUUAGUGAUGAUGACGUUAUCAAGGAGAAAACAAACACAAGUGAACAAGUGGAAAAAAAUGUUUCUUCAAUGGGAUUUGGAAAGAACGUCAGAGACCUCCCAAGAGCAGCUGUCAGGAUCUUAAGCAACAUGACAUUCCUUUUUGUGAGUUUGUCAUACACAGCUGAAAGUGCCAUUGUUACAGCUUUCAUUACCUUCAUUCCCAAGUUCAUCGAGUCACAGUUUGGUAUCCCAGCUUCCAAUGCCAGCAUCUACACUGGUGUUAUCAUUGUGCCCAGUGCUGGUGUUGGUAUUGUCCUGGGAGGCUACAUCAUAAAAAAAUUGAAGCUUGGUGCCAGAGAAUCUGCAAAACUAGCAAUGAUCUGCAGUGGUGUGUCUCUGCUGUGCUUUUCAACCCUUUUUAUUGUUGGAUGUGAAAGUAUUAACCUAGGAGGUAUAAACAUCCCUUACACAACAGGACCUUCGCUGACCAUGCCCCAUAGAAAUCUGACAGGAAGUUGCAAUGUUAAUUGUGGUUGUAAAAUACAUGAAUAUGAGCCAGUCUGUGGAUCAGAUGGAAUUACAUACUUCAACCCUUGUCUGGCUGGCUGUGUUAAUAGUGGUAAUCUUAGCACUGGGAUUCGGAAUUACACAGAGUGCACCUGCGUCCAAAGUCGGCAAGUGAUCACCCCACCUACAGUGGGACAGCGCAGCCAGCUCCGUGUGGUCAUUGUGAAAACGUAUCUCAAUGAAAAUGGCUAUGCUGUCUCGGGGAAGUGUAAACGGACCUGCAACACCCUUAUCCCAUUCUUAGUUUUUCUUUUCAUAGUCACCUUCAUCACAGCAUGUGCCCAACCAUCAGCCAUUAUAGUGACACUCAGGUCUGUGGAAGAUGAGGAAAGACCCUUUGCGCUGGGAAUGCAGUUUGUUUUGUUGAGAACACUUGCAUACAUUCCUACUCCGAUUUACUUUGGAGCUGUAAUCGACACCACCUGUAUGCUCUGGCAGCAGGAAUGCGGAGUGCAGGGCUCGUGUUGGGAGUACAACGUGACGUCGUUUCGUUUUGUCUACUUUGGUUUGGCGGCCGGUCUCAAAUUUCUUGGCUUUAUUUUUAUUUUUCUGGCCUGGUACUCUAUCAAAUACAAGGAGGAUGAACUACAGAGGCAGAGGUGCCGAGAAUUCCCUCUGAGCACUGUGAGCGAGCUAGUGGGUCAGCCCAGCAAAGCUGAGAAAUAUGCCCGGACUACAUCGUGCCCAGCCUUCAGCACCCAGGGAGAAGUCCAUGAUGAAACUGGCCUGCAAAAGGGAAUGCCAUAUUCCCCACAGACCUAUCCUGGGCCUUUCUCAGAAGCAAUAAGUUCCUCUGCAGACCCGGGGCUGGAAGAUAGCCCUGCUCCUCUGUAGAGGCUCCGCAGAAGCUUGGAAAAGAAAGACGUUUUGUUGGUUGAGUUGUAUACGGCGACUUGAGAAACACCCGUGCCUUCUUUCUUCUUUCUAAACCACUACAGACACAAUCCUCGAACCAACAAAACUCAGUAUACACAGCCACUAUUGAUUGAGGGCUGGAUACCUCAACAAGAUUGAGAGCCUUUCCUCUCUUCUCUUUAGGGAGGAGUUUAGAUAGAUAGGUCUUUACUAUCCCU